AUUUCCCCAAUUUGGUGAAUUGAAACAGUUGGUGAAUAAUAUUGAAACAAAGCACGGAAUUCACUCAAUAUAAAGAUUAAUAUAUAGAACUCACUAACGAUUUCUCUCCUUCUCUCUUCUCUUUCUAUUUGCGCGCUGUGUUGUGGGGCCUGGAAGAAAGGCACAGAAGCUGCGACAACCCGUACCCUAGGGUUUCAAAGGCAGCAAUGGCGACUCUGGAUUCCGACGUCCCGAUGGUUACCGCCGGUGAAGGGCCCAGCGGUGUUACUACUCCUCCUGCGUCCUCGUCAGCAGCCGCCUCUUCAUCCUCCUCCAAGAAACCCAAGCGAUUCGAGAUCAAGAAGUGGAACGCCGUCGCUCUCUGGGCCUGGGAUAUCGUCGUGGACAACUGCGCGAUUUGCAGGAACCAUAUCAUGGAUCUCUGCAUCGAGUGCCAAGCAAAUCAAGCCAGCGCUACCAGCGAGGAGUGCACUGUCGCCUGGGGAGUUUGCAAUCACGCAUUUCACUUUCACUGCAUCAGUCGGUGGCUGAAGACCCGCCAAGUGUGCCCUCUAGAUAACAGCGAGUGGGAGUUCCAGAAAUACGGCCACUAAGAGCACUUCCGUGGUUUGAGAAGCGUUGCAGCCUCUGUGGUCUGCCAUUGGGAUUCUGAAUGUGAUUGCUGAAGGACCAGAAAAAUUGAGAAAUACUGAGUGCAGUAUGAGCUUUAUAUACUUUUGUUCAGACGCCAUUUGUCAAUCCUCUUAUCGCUUUGUAAACUUGGUAUCCUCGGUAUUUUAGUCCGAUGUUGAUAUACGAUGCUUACUGCCUUAUUAGACUUCUUAGAUAUUCUAUC